AUGACCACAGGCAAAGUGGGCAUCACCCUCCUGCUCACUCUGGCCCUGCUGUUGGCCACUGCUUCCCAGCCCCCCGGGGGGGACAACCCAAAGGACCAGGGGGAUGUGGACUCCCACCGCUGCCCCAGCCCUUGCGCCUGCAGCUUGGAUGACUACAGUGAGGAGCUCAACGUCUUCUGCAGCAGCCGCAACUUGACGCACCUGCCUGAGGACGUGCCCCCCAACGCCAAAGCCCUCUGGCUGGAUGGCAAUAACUUCACCCUCUUGCCGGCUGCUGCCUUCAGGAACCUCUCAGCCCUGGACUUCAUGGACCUGCAGAGCAGCCAGUUGACCGUUGUGGAGCAGCACGCCUUCCAUGGGCUGCGGAGCCUCUACCACCUCCACCUUGAACGCAACCGCCUCAAGCACUUGGCCCCUCACACUUUCCUGCACACCCAGAACCUCGUCUCCCUCAGCCUCAACAACAACUACUUCAGUAAGGUGGAAGAAGGACUAUUCGCUGGGCUCUCCAACCUCUGGUAUCUGAACCUGGGCUGGAACUCGCUCGUGAUCCUGCCCGACAAGGUCUUUCAUGACUUGCCCAACCUGAGGGAGCUGAUCCUGGCCGGGAAUAAGCUCCCCUAUCUCCAGCACCAGCUCUUCUGCAGCCUUACUGAGCUGAAGGAGCUGGACCUGAGCGGGAAUGCGCUCAAGGGUAUCAAGAUCAACAUCUUCGUCAAGCUGCAGAAGCUACAGAAGCUGUACCUGAACCACAACCAGAUCAACGCCAUUGCACCCCGUGCCUUCAUGGGCAUGAAGUCCCUGCGGUGGCUAGACCUCUCUCACAACCGGCUCGUCUCACUGUUCGAGGACACAUUUCUAGGCCUCCUGAGCUUGCAUGUCCUACGCUUGUCCACCAACUCCAUCACUAGCCUGAGACCCAGGACUUUCAAAGACCUUCAGUUCCUGGAGGAGCUGCAGCUGGGGCACAACAGGAUCCGCAACUUGGCAGAACGGACCUUCGAUGGGCUGGGCCAGCUGGAGGACCUCAGCCUCAACAACAACCUUUUUGCAUUCCUGGGGCUGUACAACGUGGCAGUGAUGCACUUGUCUGCAAAUUGUAUCAAGGUCCUCCCUGACUAUGCCUUCAAGGGGGUCACCAAGCUGCACAGCCUCCAUCUGGAGCACAGCUGCCUUGGCAGGAUCCGGGCAAACACCUUCUCCAGCCUCUCCAGCCUGCGGCGCCUCUUCUUGCAGCACAAUGCCAUCUCUGUCAUCGAGGACCAAAGCUUUAGUGAACUGCAUGAGCUCCUGGAGCUCGACCUGAAACAUAACAGGCUGAGCCACCUCUCACCCCAGCUCUUUGUGGGUCUCAGCAACCUGGAGUACCUCUUCCUCUCCUCCAACCAGCUCCUGGACAUCUCCCAGGACACCUUCAGCCCUCUCCAGAGACUCUUCUGGCUCGACCUCUCCCAUAACCAGCUGGAGACACUGGACAACACCAUCAUCUCUCCCCUGGCCAACCUGCGGUACCUCAGCCUGAGGAAUAACUCACUGGAGACCUUCUCAGUGGGUUUCCUGUGCCCUUCCUUUGCCCUGGAGCAGCUGUGGCUGGGGGGCAACAACUGGCACUGCAACUGCUCCCUGAAGGGCUUGCGGGACUUCUCCCUCCAGCACCCCGUGGUGGUCCCACGCUUUGUGCAGUCUGUGGCUGAGGGUGACGAUGCCCAUGUUCCCGUCUACACCUACAACAACCUCACUUGCCUCCAUCCCCCAGCUGUGGCGGGCCUGGACCUCCGCGACAUCACUGAGGACAGCUUUGCUCACUGCUGA